AAAAGGUCAAUCAUUCCGGAAAUUGGUUAGUGUUUAGCCUGCGUAUUAUAGUUAGACUAAUAAGAAAUAUUGAUCUUAUAAGUUCGUAUGUACCUAAAUAUAACCUUCUUCACUUAAGAUUGCUCUCGGAUUUAACGAUUACCUACUUUGAUGAUCACGACUGGCGCUUAAUCCGACAUUAUUUACAUUUUCCCCAGGAUGGCGACGCAAACAGCUAUCGAGCUCGAGACAGUUGCGCCUAUAGCAUCAAGUGCGGGCCAGGAUGUUACCGCUGCACCUCGAAAGAGUCAUAAUCCUCAAGUAGAAGCGUUGCCUACUGAACUCGUAACGGAGGACAUUAUAACAACAGUCCUCUCCAAAACUCGGGCUGCCAUUCGCCUCGCUUCCGAGAUUGAUUGGGUUGGCGCAAUCCUCGCGAGCACGGGUCUAGCAACAUUAUCAUAUGCUUUCGCAACACUAUCAGCCGAUAUCAACAACAUCCGCCAGGCCUCUAAUAUCGCCCUUCUGGUUAUCAGCGUCGCCUCAAUUCCAGCGUUUAUCGGAUGGAUGCACUAUCAAGUGAAGCAUAGCUACACAGCACUUAUUCCCAACUCUCUAUGGCGUAGCUACGUCUUUAUCAGCAGUUGUGUCAUGGUACUUUUCGGUACUUCCGUCACCAACUACAUAGAGCUAUUCUGUAGUUUAUUCUUUCAAGAUGUCCAGGGUAACUCAGCACUCGGGGCAUCGCUACGAAUUCUUCCCUCCCUCAUCGCUGGCGCCUUGACCAACCUUUCGACCGGCAUCUUCGUGAAUCGUGUGCCGGUCAUGUGGGCGGUGUUUAUCUCCUCAGGACUAAGCACCGACAAGACUUCUCCGCAGCGCUCUCAUAGUCGGGUAUCGCGCCGUUUUCUGGACCAUGUUUGCUUGGAUAUUGCUCGUGUGUCUGGUGUGCGUACCUAUUUGGACUGCGCCGGAUAGGUGUAAUUGGUGUGAAGCGGGAUUAAUCUACGUACUUUAGCCUCCCCCAGCCUCUAGUUAUGUAUCUCGAUCUGAUCAGGGGUAAAAGGAAACUUUACAGGGC